AUGCUACGGUUCGGAUCUUCUUGGUCCACCCGCGAUGCGCAAACGAAGGAGUUUGGAUUACGCUCCCAGGUUCUCUCCACGAAUCAAGUGUUGCAAAGUCCCACAGCAAAUGUAGCGCAUUCCGCUGCAGAACAUUCCAAUAUUGGAUCAGCUGGAGACACACAUUUACUGGCUGUGAUUAAGGAAGGCGCAGAUAACCAGACGAGCGAAUCAUCCAUGGCGUCUUUCAUAAAUACAAUUAAUGCCCGGUCCAAAGGGCCAUUCAGACCAAGAGCAGUGCAUAAAGGGACAACAAACUACCAGCUGAGACAGUUCGCAGAAGCUACUCUUGGAAGUGGAAGUCUGAGGAAGGCAGUAAAAUUGCCUGAAGGUGAAGACUUGAACGAGUGGCUUGCAGUGAAUGUUGUGGAUUUUUAUAACCAGAUCAACCUGCUCUACGGAUCAAUUACGGAGUUCUGCUCUCCCCAAUCAUGCCCUGAAAUGAAGGCUACAGAUGAAUUCGAGUAUUUGUGGCAGGAUUCGGAGAACUACAAACGGCCCACGAAAAUGCCCGCUCCGCAAUACGUUGAGCACUUGAUGGCUUGGGUUCAGAGCAACAUUGAUAACGAGCAAAUGUUUCCCAGCCGAAUCGGCGUCCCCUUCCCAAAAACGUUCACCAGUCUCUUGCGCCAACUCUUCAAGCGGCUCUACAGAGUAUAUGCUCAUAUCUACUGCCACCACUAUCCGGUGAUUGUGCAUCUGGGCCUAGAGCCCCACCUUAACACAAGCUUCAAGCAUUAUGUGCUCUUUGUUGACGAGCACAGCUUGGCCAGCGGGAAGGACUUUUGGGGCCCACUGGGUGAUCUGGUUGAGAGUAUGCUUCGCAGUGACUAA